CUUGUCUAAAGGACUCCUCAAUGUAUUUCAUUUUGUCAUUAAAAAAAAGCAAAAAUGGCUGAAUAGUGUCGAUACAAUUUAUUAUAUCUUGAUGAUGAGAUAAUUCCAUCUUGAAAAGAGAAGCCGCCCUCUAUUCAAAUUCCAGUUGUCUAAACUCUGGUUCUUGUCUUACUUGCAAUUGCAAGUUUUUUAGCACGUAGUGUCAAUAGUCUCCUUUUUUGUCCCACCGAAUAAAGAUUGAAUCCUUGUCUUUCACUGUUUUUGCCCGAGAGGUGGCCGAAAGUCUUUUUUCAACCAGGAGCAGCGGUACUAGGGUGUUGAGCUUGAGGACGAAGGAGUUUGAGAAGCUGACACCUAUCAUAUAAAUGUCUAACGUGGCAACCCAAAAGAGAGUACGUGUUAGGCUUAGACAGGACGAGUAUGGCAACCCCAUCCAACCCACUGACGAGCAUGGCAACCCGGUUGUGUUGACUGAUGAACAUGGCAACCCCGUGAGGUUCUUUGGCGUUGCAACUAAGGUCGGCACGACACUCGGGUCGCUGAUCUUUGGCAGUGGUGGUGAGGAUGGUGGUGGCCAUGGCGGUGAUUCUGAUGCUAAAGGUAGUUCAGGUGGUGGCAAUGGCGUCCGUGAGCAGGAGCUGAUGCCGGUCGAGGAGAAUGAAGAUGGCGGCUCAGGUACACAUGUUGGCUCGGCCACUUCAGGCUCUAGUCCGUCUGAGGAAGAACAACAAAGUGAGAAGAGGAAGAAGAAAGGACUGACUCAAAAGAUAAAAGAGAAGCUAACAGGAGGAAAGCACAAAGAAGAGCAGCCUCAACCUUCUUUCCCUCCGACCACGAAAAGAGAAGCUAACAGGAGGAAAGCACAAAGAAGAGCAGCCUCAACCUUCUUUCCCUCCGACCACGAUGACAACUACAACUGCCUCUCCGAUCACCACGAACAAAAUUCACCACGGAGAACCCGCCCAUAA